AUGCGGUUUGGAAAAAAAGGGAAGUUGAGCCCUAGGUUUAUCGGUCCGUAUGAAAUCCUUGAGAGGAUUGGGAGUUUGGCUUACUGGUUGGCGCUACCUAUGGAGUUGGAGAGAGUGCACAACGUGUUCCACAUAUCCCAGCUUAAAAUAAAUGUUCACGACCCGGCGCAUGUUUUACCACCGGAGGUGAUACCGUUAGACGAGGACUUGACCUACGAAGAGAGGCCGCUCAGGAUUCUGGAUUUCAAGACUCGAGACACAUGUAGGAAGUCCGUUAAGAUGGUGAAGGUUUGGUGGACACAUCACAAUGUAGAAGAAGCGACUUGGGAGCUGGAGUCAACCAUGAGGGAACGUUAUCCAGAGUUGUUCUCGUCAGGUACCUCGUUCUCGCCGCUUGUUAGUUGGUUGUUGCUUGCCUUGUGUGUUUGUUCUUGCUUGUUUGUUUAG